AGAGAGCCGCGCGGACCCAGCUGAGCCCAGCCCGCUGGACGUCAGACUUCGACCGUCGCUCGUAUCCCAUCCACCCACCGUUCGGAGCCAGGGGAAGGCGGACGCGUCCCGGUCUUCCCCUGUCCCUACCCCACCCCGAACCUCCUUUCCAUCUCCCGCGUCGUGACACCAGCUGUCUCUGGAAGCCCCCUUGUCAUGAAAUCUCCCCAGCUCCCAGCUGCUGCCCUCUUUUGCUUCCUUCUAUUGAUCAGGGGGCUGGGAGCAGCACCCCCGGGACGCCCUGAGGCGCAGUUACCUCCUUUCAGCUCAGACCAUAAAGAGUCGGUAGCUGGGGGCACAGUGCCCGGGUCAAAGGAUGGCAACACCCCAGAGGUCCGAGCGGCUCGGAACUCCGAGACGCAGGACGAAGGAGAGCUUUUCCAGGGCGUGGAUCCCCGGGCGCUGGCCGCGGUACUGCUGCAGGUACUCGACCGUCCAGCCUCGCCCCCAGCGCCAGGCGGCUCCCAGCAGGGACCAGCAGAAGAAGCAGCAGAAUCUCUGCUGACCGAAACCGUGCGCAGCCAGACCCACAGCCUCCCGGUUCCAGAAACUCAAGCGCCCCCGGUCCCGCCUCGCCCCCAGACUCAGGAGGAGAGUGGUCCCGAGGAGGGCUAUCCUACGGAGGAGCUCGAGGCUUUAGCGUCCCUUCUCCAGGAACUGCGAGAUUUCAGUCCGAGCAACACUAAGCGCCAGCAAGAAACGGCGGCUGCCGAGACGGAAACCCGCACGCACACGCUGACCCGCGUCAACCUGGAAAGCCCCGGGCCUGAGCGCGUGUGGCGCGCUUCCUGGGGAGAGUUCCAGGCGCGCGUCCCCGAGCGCGCGCCCCUGUCGCCCCCGGGCGCUCCACAAUUUCAGGCGCAUAUGCCCGAGAGUGGGUCCCUGUCCCAAGCCCACCGGUUCGGGGAAGGAGUGCCUUCCCCUAAAACACACCUGGGCGAGGCACUGGCACCCCUGUCCAAGGCGUACCAAGGCCUGGGAGCAUCCUUCCCUAAGGCGCACCGGCCGGAGAGCUCACUGCUGGGCGGCUCCGAGGCGGGGGACCGCCUUUUACAGCAAGGACUAGCGCAGGUGGAGGCCGGGCGACGGCAGGCGGAGGCCACGCGGCAGGCGGCGGCACAGGAGGAGCGGCUGGCCGACCUAGCCUCCGACCUGCUGCUCCAGUAUUUGCUGCAGGGCGGGGCUCGGCAGCACGGCCUCGGGGGUCGGGGGCUGCAGGAGGAGGAGGAGCGAGCGAGUCAGAGGGCGGAGGAGGAAGCGGAGCAGGAGAGGCGCGGCGGGGAGGACAGGGAGGAGGUAGAGGAUGAGGAGGCGGCGGAGGCGGAGGCAGAGGCGGAGGAGGCGGAGAGGGCGCGGCAGAAUGCGCUUCUGUUCGCUGAGGAGGAGGACGGGGAAGCCGGAGCGGAGGACAAGCGCUCCCAGGAGGAGACGCCGGGCCACCGGCGGAAGGAGGCUGAGGGGGCAGAGGAGGGCGGGGAGGAGGAGGACGACGAUGAGGAGAUGGACCCACAGACCAUCGAUAGCCUCAUAGAGCUGUCCACCAAACUGCACUUGCCAGCCGACGAUGUGGUCAGCAUCAUAGAGGAGGUGGAGGAGAAGCGGAAGCGGAAGAAGAACGCCCCCCCUGAGCCGGUGCCGCCCCCCCGUGACGCGCCGGCCCCCACUCAUGUCCGUUCCCCACAGCCCCCGCCCCCUGCCCCUGCUCAUGACGAGCUGCCCGAGUGGAACGAGGUGCUCCCACCAUGGGAUCGGGAGGACGAAGUGUAUUUCCCGGGCCCCUACCAUCCUUUUCCCAACUACAUCCGGCCGCGGACACUGCAACCACCAGCCUCCUCGCGACGCCGCCACUACCAUCACGCCCUGCCGCCUCCGCGCCACUCUCUGGGCCGGGAGGCAGAGGCCCAGGCUCGGCGCGCGCAGGAGGCGGCGGAGGCGGAGGAGCGCCAGCUGCAGGAGCAGGAAGAGCUGGAGAAUUACAUUGAGCACGUGCUGCUCCGGCGCCCGUGA